AUGCAACCACUUCACCAUAGAGUUGACAUCACUAGUGAUGAUGAACGGAAUUCGUCUCCGAGUGCAUCGGAACCAAUGAUUGAUCACUUCGAGGAUAAUGAUGAUGUCCACAUAGAGUCAAGCUGUAAUGAUAUAAUUUCAGAACAAGGAAUCUGCACAAAUGAUUCCACCACGAACAAUUGUAUGAAUUUGGAUAACAACGAUGAUUGUCAUGGCAACAUGUUCACGAAUAACAGACCUAUUAAUUUUAAUUUUCAAUCCCAUAUCUUGAACAAGAGCUCCCGAAUUACGGAUCCUCUUCAAGUCAUUUCCAAAGAAGAGCUAGAUACAACCGUUCAAUUAUUACACCGAUUAAACCAACAUCGAUAUUUACUGAAACAUUCAUUCUUACAGCCUCUCUUGGAAAUUGGAACUCUGGUGUUUCAGCCUUUGAGCGAUGAAGAAAAAAUCAAACGAAGAAAAGAACGAAGAAAGCAGGCUAAAAACAAGAGAAGAGAACAUGACGAAAAGAUUUUAUUGACCACUGAAAUGAAAAAACGAAAACAUAAAGAGCUAGAUAUCAUCAAAGAGCAGCUCGAUCAGAAAAUGGAACACGAACAUUUCAUGUUGAAGCAAACAGAGGAAGCGAUUUCAUUGGUAGAUAUUUCGGAAGAACCUUUGGAAAAAGUAAGAAAAACGAGUAGACGAUUGAAAAUGUUUUCCAAAGCUCCACCCCGAAGUCAAAUAGAGGAAUUAAAUUCAUCCUUGGUGAAUGAUACAGUCAAUACUGGAGAUUCUAGUUCCUCUUUGCCAGAGCAACAUGAGAGUCAUAGAUCUGAAAAUGUCAACAACACACAACACCAGCCACAAGGAGCAUUCACAGAGCCAUUGUUCACAAAAAGGUUGUGUUAUCAAUGUAAGAAGACAUUUGACCAUGUACAUUUCUUUUAUCACAGAAUGUGUCAAAGUUGUGGUGAUUUUAAUUACAAAGCAAGAAUUGAAACCUGUGAUCUUACUGGAAUGAUUGCCUUAAUUACUGGAGGAAGGGUAAAAAUUGGGUAUGAAACCUCACUGAAACUUUUAAGAAAUAAUGCUGCGUUAGUUAUUGUCACUACUCGUUUUCCAAAAGAUGCUGCCAAGAGAUAUAGUCAAGAACCCGAUUUUCACACUUUUAAAUCAAGACUUCAGAUCUAUGGGUUAGAUUUAAAACAUGUUCCAAGUGUGUAUGCUUUUACUGAUUUUCUAAAGCAAAAGCUUCCAAGGUUGGAUAUUAUUAUCAAUAAUGCCGCACAAACCAUCAGGAGACCAUGUGCUUACUACAGACAUGUUUGUAAUGAUGAGCUGAGAAUAAGUCUAGACGAUUUAAGCGAGGAUGUCAAGCAAAUUUUACCCACUGAUUUUCACAUGAGCAUGUCAUCCAUUCAACAUGCAGAUGCAGGCAUUCAGAUGCUGUUAUCACCAGUCAGUGACGAGCUAUAUGCUCUUCCAGAUCAGAAUGCAUCAGUCUCCAAUUCUCAAUCCUUCAACGACAAUCCUCACCAAAUCUCCAUCAACCAAAACACUUCACUUUCUACGAUUCCUAUAACCUCAUUGAAGGCCCUAAACGACCCUCACAAUAUUUCUACGAGCUCAAUUGUGUCGCAAAUCCCACUUCUUGAAGAAGAUCAUACGUACGAUAGAGAAGCAUUUCCAUACUCUGUACUGGACAUCAAUAAGAGUCAGGUCGAUUUGAGGAAAACAAACUCGUGGGUACAACAUCUUGAUGAUGUUCCAUUCUAUGAAUUUCUGGAAGUACAAACAAUCAAUGUGACCGCUCCUUUUAUUUUGACAUCACGCUUAAAAUCUCUCAUGACCAAAAUACCUCACACUGAUAAAUUUAUCAUUAAUGUAAGCAGCAUGGAAGGUCAAUUUUAUAGGAGAAGCAAGACCACAACGCAUCCACAUUUGAAUAUGGCAAAGGCCUCACUGAAUAUGAUGACACGAACAUCUGCCGCUGAUUACGCCAAAGAUAACAUUUACAUGGUUUCUGUGGACACUGGAUGGAAUAAUGACGAAUCUCCUUUGGACAUUGAAAAUGUCAAACGCACGUACUUUUGCCCUCUGGAUGAGAUUGACGGUGCUUCGCGUAUCCUCUAUCCCAUUGUUGCAUGUAAAAAGGAAGGAAAGAAAUAUUUUGGCGUUUUCUUAAAGAAUUAUGAACCUUACUAUUGGUGA